AUGUCGUCCGUAAAAUUCGAGGCGACGCAGAAGAUACGCGAGACCAUGGAGAAGGUCGGCGAUCUGACGAACCCUGGCCAGGUCAUUCCCGGCACCAGCGGAAAGCACCCCAUCACCGCCGCCAUUGGCACCGCCAUCACUGGAGGAAAGGAAAAUGCCGGCACCAAGGGAUACCUGAUGAUGCUCACAGCUGGUACUCUCGCCGGUCUUCAAGAAGUUCUCGCCUCGUGGCUUGCCAAGGACCGCAACAAGAACGGUCACUAUUUCACCUCUCGCGUUCCCAAGAUGGCUACCUACGGUGCUCUCGUCAGCGCGCCUAUGGGCCACUUCCUCAUCUGGCUCCUCCAGAAGACGUUCAAGAACCGCACUAGCUUGAAGUCCAAGAUCCUUCAGAUCCUCGUCAGCAACUUGAUUGUUGCGCCUAUCCAAAACAGCGUCUACCUCGUCGCCAUGGCCCUUAUCGCCGGUGCCAAGACCUUCCACCAAGUCAAGGCCACUGUUCGUGUCGGGUUCUGGAAGGUCAUGAAGGUUAGCUGGAUCACCUCGCCCAUCUGCUUGGCCUUUGCCCAGAAGUUCCUCCCCGACCACCUUUGGGUUCCCUUCUUCAACCUAGUCUCCUUCAUCAUUGGAACGUACAUCAACACCGUUACCAAGAAGAAGAGGCUUGCGGCCCUCCGAAAGAAGCACUUCGGUGGUGGCGCCGGCGACCGCGGUGACCGUGGCGGCGGCUCUGUUGCCAGCGCUCGCCCCGAGGACUAUCCCCAUGCCCCCAUGCCCCCUUGGCCCCAAUCCCCACUACUAAACCACCACCGGAUCGAGCCCGCGAGAACGAGAAAAGGAACGACAAUUCGCAGCGACACGGAUUUUGGACCACCGGUUAAUGUUUGA